AGUCAAACAAUCAAAGAGCAUACAUGGAAAAAACAGAAACAGGGCGCGAGGUGGAGAGCAAGAGAAACGAAAUGAAGAAAUCAGGAGGAGUAGAGAAGAAGAGGGUGCGACGCUCCUCCGCAGCCGCCUCGAACGGUGGCAGAGAUCCCAACUCUGACCCACCGCCGAAGAAACAAGCUGCCAAGAAAGAUGUGUUUCAGUUGUUUGCUGAGAAGGUGAGGGACCAUAAGGAUUUGGUUUCUAGGUGGGCUGUUCUACAGGAGACACGUGUUGAAUAUUUUAGAGGGAAGGAUUUUGUGAGCUUCUUGAAAAAACAUCCCGAGCUCAAGGAUAUUCUAGAAUCAGAUAAGAAUCUGGAAACAGAAGAUAUCGCCCAUAUUCUACUGAGAAAAAACCUUCUAGUGCGUUGUGACCGUGUGGUAAAGAUUGUUCGUCCAGGGAAGAAAAAGCUGUCUACUUGGCCUGCACAUUUAGAAAUCUUCACUGAACAAGUAUUUUCUGAUAACGAUGCAUUUUUUGCAUGGACAUUUGUAAAAAGGCGCCCACUCUGGCAGACACUUCUCUCAUUUUGCUGGCCUGUAUUAACAUUGGCAAUUUGCUUAUUUCCUGUGUAUCCUCAUCGCUGCAAGCUAUUAAUACUUUACUCAUGUGCUGGAAUCCUUCUGCUCAUUUUCUCACUACUUCUGAUAAGAGCUACAGUAUUUGGUGCUUUAUACAUAAUUCUUGGAAGAAGGUAUUGGUUUUUCCCUAACAUUCUCGCCGAGGAGGCUACAUUGCGGGAGUUAUUCAGAUUUUUGCCCAAGAAAGAUGAGGAGGAGCGACCCAAGUGGACAACUAGGCUUUUCUAUGCCAUAGUUGCUGUGCUGGUCAUAUUAUUGCUGAGGCAUCAUGCCCCUGAUGAGGCUGCCAGAGCAAGGUACCAGAAGAGGGUAUCUAACAUAAUUGAUGAUGUUCUUGAAUGGUCUCCAAGCUUAGCCUUGUCUGGGAUGAUGGAGAAGCAACAAAAUGUGGCUAAUGCCACUGGCUUCACCAACGCUUCCUCUGAAUCUGGAGCGAACAAUACAAGUCCGGAGCAUGAUGCAACGAGAACUUCUGCGGAAGAGGAUAAUGAAGUUGAAAACAUGAAGGAUGAUGAUAAAGAUAAACAAAAUGACUAGGUGAUAGUUAUAUAUAUAUAUAUAUAUAUAUUUAAACCCAAUAUUUCUGGUGACUAGAUCAUAAAUUUCUUGAGUGUGUAGUAAAACCAUGUAUGGAACAAUAGUUUCCAAAUGAGGUUUUGAACGGAAAUACUACUCUCCUCCUUUCCUUCCUAGAAGCAUGCUUCUGAACUUUUCACCUAUGGGGAAAAAUAUUAGAGAGAGAAAUAUUGAAUGGUAUGGAAUUUGAAUUGAUAAGAGAAGAAAAUAGAGAAAUCAGAUGACGUGCGCAUUAGUGUAUGGUUUUUUUACACUUGAUUAAUAGAGGAAUUUUGUCAUUAA